AGGAAAAUGAUGUAACAUUUACCGGCUUCCUUGUCCUGACACGCUCAACUGUUCGAAAUAGAAGAGAAGCUGCUCUGUCAAACUGUAUCGUAGACGAACUUCCUGUCGCAUAAAUGGCGUUGUUCAGUUCUUAAUGGGCUGGACUCACAGUUAAGUAUGAAUCAAGUUCGUCGCUAUUCAACUCUACUAAACCAGCGGUGUGUGUCCUCCCGGAGAAGAUCCGCUGCCAUGACACCGUUUUCACAGGGAGCCCUUUUACAAGUGACGGGUACCUUUCCCCGGCUAAAGCCAAUGUCCACCACACGGGCAGCACAAGUUUGUCCAGUGGGUGGCAGCAGCAGGAGGAUGUUCAGUACUUUGGCCCAGUCACUGAACAGCUCUGUCCUGGCUCAACCCGAACUAUAUCCAGAUGAGAGCACCAACCAGGACCUUGACCUGGCUGAGGUGGACCCAGACCAGCUGCUCAGGGAGUGUAAGGUUGCCCUGCAGAGGCGACCAGCCCGACCACUCCGGGAUCUGGUCUUUCCCAUCAGCACAGCACCCUACAAACAAAAGCACUACCCCUCCAUACGGGUCAUGCAGUGGAACAUUCUAGCACAAGCUCUUGGUGAAGGGAAGGAUGAUUUUAUCCGCUGUCCUCUGGAUGCUCUCAACUGGCAGGAAAGGAAGUUUUUAAUCCUGGAAGAGAUCCUCACCUACCGACCAGACAUCUUGUGUCUACAAGAAGUGGACCACUACUAUGACACUUUCCAUCCAAUCAUGACCAGCCUGGGUUACUGCGGAAGCUUCCUGCCAAAACCCUGGUCUCCUUGUCUGGAUGUGGAGCAGAACAACGGUCCUGAUGGCUGUGCUUUGUUUUAUCGUCGCUCUCGCUUCUCCCUCUGUGCUGCAGCUCAUCUGCGGCUGUGUGCCAAGAUGCUGCCCACCAACCAGGUAGCCAUUGUUCAGACUCUGAAAUGCCAGGCAACAGGCAGGCAGCUGUGUGUGGCUGUCACUCACUUGAAAGCUCGCAGUGGGUGGGAGAGGCUGCGGAGUGCACAGGGUGCCGACCUGCUGCAGAACCUAUGUCGCCUCACAGUUGGCAGUGGCUGUCAGAGCUUAGCGGCAUCCUCCACCCUUCCUUUGAUAGUGUGUGGAGACUUUAAUGCAGUGCCAUCAGAGGACGUUUACAAACGCUUUAGCUCCUCCACCCUCGGCCUGAACUCUGCAUACAAGCUGCUGAGCUCUGACAGACAGACAGAGCCGGCCUACACAUCGUGGAAGAUCCGCCCCUCUGGAGAGAGCUGUAGCACGCUGGACUACAUUUGGUAUACCCAUGAUGCUUUAAGUGUGGACUGCCUUUUGAACAUUCCUACUGAGGAGCAGAUUGGCCCAGACCGCCUGCCCUCCUACCACUACCCUUCUGACCAUUUAUCACUGCUCUGUGACAUCAGCUUCAGGCACCAAUAAGAGAUUGAAAGGCCGCAGGGAUUCGUAUAUAUUUAUUUAUUUUCAACACGUUCAAGACUCUUCUCACUUCCAUUUUACUUAUUAAAAGAUUCUUGCUUUUUUUUAUCGAUUGCACUUCUUUACUUCAACAAUACUGUUGCUGUGAGAAGUGCUAACUUUUAAAAUGUAAAUAAAGAAAUUAAUAUUUA